ACCAACUUACCCUUUUGACAACAGGUUUUGUGUUCAUCCAUACAUAAAGUAAGGUUUUCUAAUUCGUUUCUAGUUGGAUUGUAACAAUCGGAUACAAGUGAUGGCUUUUAAAGACGGGAGUGUAACGGGUUUGUACUCAAUAUUAGUGUUUAUCGCUGGUUUUUCCGUUGCUUGGAGCAAUCUAACUGAAAAAAACAAUGUGGAGGGUAUACUACAGCAAAAUCUAUGCCUUUGUUCUUGCAAGCCGUUUGAGCAAAAAGAGUACUAUGUUCCCAUCAGUCGGAUCAGUGAUUGGUUCGGUGCAGUUACUUUCUGCAAUAGCGUCCAAAUGGAGAUAGCUGAGGUGUUAAAUAAGGAAGAAGCAGAAGCAUUGCAACAAGCGAUUCGGGAAGAAGAUCCCGACGAAGAGGUGGAAUUUUUCUGGAUCGGUGCAAAUGAUUUGGGUGUACAAGGAACCCAUCGUUGGGCUCUAACUGGACGCCCGGUAACAUACAGUAACUGGACAGAUGGUGAACCAAACAAUGCUCUAGGAGAGGAUCAGCAGUCCGAAAGAUGCGUGGCCAUUGCAAAGGAUACGUUCCGUUGGAAUGAUUUCCAAUGCACACAGCGGAAAAAGUUUGUUUGCCAACAAUUUCGAGCGGAAUAAAAUGACCAUUGAUUAAAAUG